GUGGCUGAGCAUGCGCAGUGCGACGACACUCUGACCACGUAGCUAGUGUUAGCUGCUGCAAAGCAUUAGGGUUUGUGAAAGAACAGCUGUAAUAAACAAAUUAACGGCCACAAAAUUGUUGCAACGGGCCGCUGAAAAUGGCGAGGUACCUGAGGCCUCCUAAUACCUCUCUCUUCGUUAGAAACAUCGCCGACGAGUCCAGAAUGGUAAAGAUACUGUUCUGGAGACCCCACACCAAUGAAAGUUGAAAGGCGGUUGUAGAGUAGAUUCAAGCCAAAGACACCCAGGCGACAAGCAAUAGUGGAAUUGGGAAAAUAAAGACAGAGCAAAAGCAUGAAGAUACAAAGAGGAGAAAAGAGAGCACCCAGGCUUCCAUUUGUCUACCAAAGGGAGGAAAAGCAAAGUGUUUAUUGGGCAAAGACAAGCAGGAAACCUCAAGUUCUUCUGCCAAGACAUUAAAGAUCAAGCUGAAGGUCAAAGGUCAAGCAUGUUAAAGGUAAAAAGCCAAACUUUUUAUGUCCGGGAUGCAGAGGAUGCUCUUCACAAUCUGGACCGUAAAUGGGUUUGUGGACGUCAGAUCGAGAUCCAGUUUGCUCAGGGGGACCGCAAGACCCCUAACCAGAUGAAGGCCAAGGAGCGCCAUUCCCCUCGCAGUUUCUCCCGCUAUGACGAUGAUCGGGAUGGCCGCAGAAGACGAUCCCGGAGCCGCAGCUAUGAUCGUCGUAGGUCCCGCAGCCCAUCCUAUGAACGCCGUCCUCGGAGGUCUGAGAGCCCCAGAGACUCUCGGUCUUACAGUCGUCAUAGACGGAGCAGGAGCCAUGAAAAUGACAAGUACCGAGGUCCUCCCCGUGAUCACCACAGAACACACCAUGAGCCUGGCUCGCGUAGCCGCUCUGCAUCUCGCUCCCCUUCACCCUCCAGAUCCAGGCCCAAAGGCAAAAAGAGCCAGUCCAGGUCCCACAGCCCAACUGAAGAUUUCCACCCAACCUCCAGCUCACAGAAACAGUCUGUGGGACGAUCACCAUCCCGCUCCUACUCUAGAUCCAUGUCUCGGUCACGCUCUCGCUCCAGGUCAUGGGCUGGACGCAAGUCUGGAGGUCAUUGACUGUCUGGUCUUCCAUAGCCCUCUAUUUAUCUGUCUCUGAGGAUGUUUCUGUUCAGCUUUCAACUUAUGAUAACUAGAGUGUUAUGCUCUAAAUUUGCAUUUGUUUGUCAUCACAUUAUGGAGGAAUCUGUUGCCAAAGGAAAGAACAGUAGUUGGAGCGGAGAUAUUUUUUCAAUCAUAGUGAAAAUGGGUUUGUGAAAGCACACUUGAUCCCUGAAAAAUUUUGCCAGGUUGAGUUUUUUGGACUUGUGUAAUGUGGGUUGUUGAAGGUGGAGAUAAUGUUACAGUUUGGCUUUGCCAAUAAUAUUUUUUUACUUUUGAGUUAGCAAUAUUUACAUUCAUACAUUUCUCAAUGUGAUGCCUGUCUCAGUUUGAUGUGUUAUGUAAACAUGAAUUAAAGUGAAAUUGAACUUCAGGCCAGUAUUACCAGUAUUUACCAAGUGCCCUGACCUUACAUGCCUGAUUCCUGGGGCACUGUUACAAAACUAAACUGUAGUUGCAGUUUCUGUAGUUACUAUAGCAGUGAAUGGAAUGCAGUCAGUUGCUAGCCAAUAUUUUGUUUUGUGACAAUAUGUUCAAGGUGAGCUGCAUUCAUUUCUCGUGUACUUUGAUCAGUGAGUGACACAAAGUCAAGUGUUCCUUAGUACUGUUUUCCUCAUUUUAAUGGUUUUACUUGGUAUGCUUUAUCAAUAAAUAAAUAAAUUCUC